CGCUGGGAGGGGGGCUGAUGGGAUGCAUCAAAGAUGGCUUAUAAAAUUGGAUAUAGCAGCACCUAGCUCCCAUUCAUUUACAACACAUUGUUAAAAACAUCUAAAUAAAUACCUACUGACACGCGCAGAAGCUUGGCGUUAACGCCGUCACCGGUUUCACUACACACGACAUAGGUCGUGCGCUUCCGCCCCCCCUGUGUUUUGUACUCUUGUGUUAUUUGUAAAUAGUAUUCCCGUUAAAAUGGCCACCAUGGAGAAACUGAUGAGGGCCUUCGAGUCUCUAAAGGCAUUCCAACAGCAGGGACCACCGACAGCCGAGGAGCUAGUUCAAAAACAGAAGAAGGACCCUUCUACGACCAAAAAAGACAGAGUGACUCAUUGUCUCACUAUAUGUGAAAAUAUUGUUGCACAGUCUCUGAGAAACUCGCCGGAAUUCCAGAAAUUGCUCGGCAUCGCCAUGGAGAUGUUCCUGCUGUGCAGUGAUGACGGGGAAUCGGAUGUCAGGAUGGUAGCUGAUGAAUGCCUGAACAAAAUCAUUAAAGCCCUCAUGGAUUCCAACCUUCCACGAUUACAAUUGGAAUUAUAUAAAGAGAUUAAAAAGAACGGUGCUUCAAGGAGCCUGAGAGCCGCGCUGUGGAGGUUUGCAGAGCUUUGUCAUCUUGUACGCCCACAGAAAUGCAGGCCAUAUCUGGUCAAUCUGCUGCCCUGCCUGACACGCAUCAGCAAGCGACCAGAGGAAGCAGUGCAGGAGACACUGGCAGCAGCCGUCCCAAAGAUCAUGGCAGCGCUGGGGAACUUUGCCAACGACCUUGAAAUCAAGGUUCUACUGAAAUCUUUUGUUGGAAAUCUCAAGUCCAGCUCUCCAACUAUCCGCCGCACUGCAGCAAGCUCUGCAGUCAGUAUCUGCCAGCACUCGCGCAGGACUCAGUAUUUCUACACCUGGCUACUGAGUGUACUCUUAGGUUUGAUGGUCCCUGUGGAGGAGGAGCAUCCUGCCGCUCUGAUCCUGGGGGUCCUGCUCACACUGAGGUACUUGAUGCCAUUACUGCAGCAGCAUGUGAAGGAUACCAGUCUGAAAGGCAGCUUCGGGGUCACUCGCAAAGAGGCUGAGGUCUCCCCCACCCAAGAGCAGCUCGUCCAGGUGUAUGAGCUGACCCUUCAUUAUACGCAGCACCACGAUCACAAUGUGGUCACGGCAGCCUUGGAACUGCUACAGCAGACGUUCCGCACGCCACCCUCUGACCUCUUGCACGCGCUCAUCACUGCGGGCAGCGUGCCCCGGGUCAGCAUCUCCCGAGAGGAGGCAGAGAACCGCAACCGCAGCCGCAGCAUCCUCGAGCUCAUAGCCAGUGGGGUGUCAUCAUGCAGUCCUCUGCUACUCAGAAAACAAAAAGGCAAGCUGCUCUCUGGAGAAGAGGAAGGGCUGGAGGACGACACUGAAACAAGGUCGGAGGUCAGCACUGGAACCUUCACUGGAUCAGUGAACACAGAGAGUGGCAGCGAGAUCCCUUCCUCCUCGGGCGUGUCAACUCUGGGGUCGGCCAACUCUUCAGGGGGCCACGACAUCAUCACGGAGCAGCCUCGCUCCUCCCAGCACAACCUGCAGUCGACCGACUCUGUGGAGUUGAGCGGGGCCUCAGACACAGUGAGUAGCACGGCCUCCACCGCGGCCGGCGGAGAAGGCACCGAGGACGAGGACGUGCUAAGCCGCAGCUCCAGCCAGAUCAGCACCAGCGCCGGCCCCUCUGACCCCAGCAACCAGGCCUCCUCGCCAGCCAGCGAGAGCUCCCAGACCACCACUGAGGGUCCUGACUCUGCUGUCACCCCGUCCGACUGUUCAGAGCUUGUUCUAGACGGCAGCGAGAGCCAGUAUUCCGGAAUGCAGAUCGGACAGCUUCAGGAUGAGGAGGAAGAGGGCACAAGCCAUCCACAUGAAACACCCCUGGAACUCUUUAGUGAUUCCACUCUGGCACUGAGCAAACCUCACUUGCUGGAAAGUAAGAGCCAUAGUCGACAGCCCUCCGACAGCAGUGUGGAUCGAUUGAUACCAAAGGAUGAAGCCUUAGAGUCAGCAGAACUUGAAAACAAGCCCUCCAGAAUCAAAGGGGAGAUUGGUCACUACACAGAUCAAAACGCUGCACCUCUGGUCCACUGUGUACGUCUUCUGUCUGCAUCUUUUCUUUUAAAUGGACAAAAAAAUGGCCUUGUCCCGGACAAAGAGGUGAGGGUGAGCGUCAAGGCCCUGGCUGUGAGCUGUGUGGGAGCAGCAACUGGUCUUCACCCAGAGGCGUUCUUCAAUAAACUGUACCGAGCACCACUGGAAGGAAUCGAACCAGAAGAACAACAGUAUAUAUCUGAUAUUUUAAAGUACAUUGAUCACGGAGAUCCCCAGAUCAGAGGAGCUACUGCAAUACUGUGUGGAACAAUAAUCUGUUCCAUCCUGAAUAAAACGCGCUUCAAUGUAGAAAGCUGGUUAGCUAAUGUCAAAACUUCUACUGGAAACCACAUUUCCCUGGUGGACUGUGUGCCUUUACUACAAAAGACCCUGAAAGAUGAAUCUUCAGUUACAUGUAAACUGGCCUGCACAGCAGUUCGGCACUGCAUCAUGACUCUGUGCAGCAGCAGCUUCAGUGAGCUCGGCCUGCAGCUAAUUGUUGACCUCCUCACCCUGAGGAACAGUUCCUAUUGGCUGGUGAGGACGGAGCUGCUGGAAACAUUGGCUGAGAUAGAUUUUAGAUUAGUAAGUUUCCUUGAAAGAACUGAGAACUUGCACAAGGGGGACCACCACUAUACUGGGCUGCUGAAACUCCAGGACCGGGUUCUUAAUGAUGUCAUCAUCUGCCUGCUUGGAGAUGAGGAUCCCAGAGUUCGUCAUGUGGCAGCCACUACUGCAACCAGGCUUGUCUCCAGGUUGUUCUAUGACUGUGAUCAAGGCCAGGCUGACCCAGUGGUAGCUAUAGCCCGAGACCAAAGCAGCGUCUACCUGCAGCUUCUGAUGCACGAGACCCAGCCACCAUCUCACUUCACAGUCAGCACCAUCAUAAGGACGUACAGAGGAUUCAGUAUUUCACAGUGUGUGUCUGACGUUACUGUGGAGAACAAUCUCUCCAGGGUUAUCACGGCUGUGUCCCACGCACUGACAUCAUCCACUUCACGAGCUCUUACUUUUGGCUGCUGCGAAGCUCUGUGUCUCCUUUCAUCCGCAUUCCCUGUUUGUACAUGGAGUUUAGGGUGGCACUGUGGGUAUGUGACCUCCUCCGGUACCCAUCCUUCCAGAUCAAGCCUUUACAAAAACAGAGGACGCUCAUUCAGCCUGUCUCAGUCAGGCCCCACUGAUGAUUUCCGGAAGAACUGCAACGUGGGGAUGGCCCACAUGGUCCUGUCCCUCCUCUCCUCAGCCUGGUUCCCUCUCGAUCUGUCAGCCCACCAGGAUGCACUCCUGUUGAUGGGCAACUUGCUGGCAGCGGCAGCCCCCAAGUCUCUAAAAAAACCCUGGACAGCUGAAGAGGAGGCGACUGCAGGUGUCAACAAGCAGGAAGAACCGUGGCCAGCUCUGGGGGACCGGACAGUGGUCACCAUGGUGGAGCAGCUCUUCUCUCAUCUCUUGAAGAUCCUUAACAUCUGUGCUCAUGUCAUUGAUGAUGUGGCACCCGGCCCUGCUCUAAAGGCAAGCCUUCCCUCACUCUCUAAUACACCAUCAUUGAGCCCCAUAAGGAGAAAGGGCAAAGAGAAGGAGCCAAUAGAGCAAAACACAACACCUCUGAGCCCCAAAAAGAUCACAGACACCAAUCCAGCAGCCAGGCCAGCAGACACUGCUGGGGCCACUGCAACAAACAAGUCCUCCACCCUGGGCAGUUUUUACCACCUCCCUCCAUACCUGAAACUGUUUGACGUUUUGAAGGCUACUCACGCUAACUAUAAGGUGACCCUGGACCUUCACAAUAACACUGAAAAGUUUGGUGGAUUCCUGCGGUCAGCAUUAGAUGUUUUGUCUCAGCUGUUAGAGCUUGCAACCCUCCAGGACAUUGGAAAGUGUGUUGAGGAGAUCCUUGGAUACCUGAAGUCUUGCUUCUGCAGAGAACCGACCACGGCCACUGUUUGUGUUCAGCAGCUUUUAAAGACUCUCUUUGGGACAAACCUUGCAUCUCAGUAUGAAGGCUCCUCCUCCAACCCCAGUAAAUCUCAGGGCAAGGCCCAGCGGUUAGGAUCUUCCAACCUGCGCCUUGGGUUAUAUCAUUACUGCUUCAUGGCUCCAUACACACAUUUCACACAGGCACUGGCUGACGCCAGCCUAAGGAACAUGGUGCAAGCUGAACAUGAACAGGACGCCUCAGGAUGGUUUGAUGUUCUGCAAAAUGUCUCCACCCAAUUGAAGUCCAGCAUCACGAGUGUAACCAGGCAUCGAGCUGAUAAGAAUGCAAUCCACAAUCACAUCCGGCUGUUUGAACCCCUGGUUAUCAAAGCUCUGAAGCAGUACACGACCACCACCUCUGUGUACCUGCAGAGACAGGUGCUGGACCUGCUGGCACAACUAGUGCAGCUGCGGGUUAACUACUGUCUCCUGGACUCUGAUCAGGUGUUUAUUGGAUUUGUUCUGAAGCAAUUUGAAUACAUUGAAGUGGGACAGUUCAGGGAUUCAGAAGCCAUUGUUCCAAAUAUCUUUUUCUUCUUGGUUCUGCUCUCUUAUGAGCGCUAUCACUCCAAACAAAUCAUUGGGAUCCCAAAAAUCAUUCAGCUGUGCGACGGCAUCAUGGCGAGUGGCAGGAAGGCGGUCACACACGCUAUUCCAGCGUUGCAGCCCAUAGUCCAUGAUCUUUUUGUCUUGAGAGGGUCCAACAAAGCUGACGCAGGCAAAGAGCUGGAGACCCAGAAGGAAGUCGUGGUCUCCAUGCUGCUGAGACUUAUACAGUACCAUCAGGUACUGGAGAUGUUUAUACUGGUGCUACAGCAGUGUCACAAAGAAAACGAAGAUAAGUGGAAGAGACUGUCACGUCAGAUUGCUGACAUCAUUCUGCCAAUGCUGGCAAAACAGCAGAUGCACUUGGAUUCUCAUGAAGCCCUGGGGGUGUUAAACACCCUGUUUGAGACGGUAGCUCCGUCCUCGCUGCGUCCAGUUGACAUGCUGUUGAGGAGCAUGUUUGUUACUCCAGCCACCAUGUGCUCGGUUGGGACAGUCCAGCUGUGGAUAUCUGGAAUCCUGGCAAUCCUACGUGUUCUCAUAUCCCAGUCGACGGAAGACAUUGUCCUGUCUCGCAUUCAGGAGCUGUCCUUGUCUCCUUAUCUGAUCUCUUGUGCCAACAUUGAGAGGCUCAGAGACUACUACUGUCAGACCCCUCCUUCGGACGAAGUGAAUGGAGAUGCACAAGGCAAAUACCCCCCUGAGGAGACGUUUGCAAGGUUCCUAAUUCAGCUACUGGGGAUUCAGAUGGAAGAUAUUUCGACCAAACAGCUGAAAGUGGACAUGAGUGAACAGCAGCACACAUUUUACUGCCAGCAGCUCGGCACACUUCUCAUGUGCCUCAUACACAUCUUCAAGUCAGGCAUGUUCAGAAGAAUCACUGCAGCUGCUACCAAGCUGUUCAAGGGGGAUGGCUGUGAGGGGAGUUUUUACAGCCUGGACAAUCUGAACAGCAUGAUCCAGUCUCUGAUCACCACUCACCCCUCCCUGGUGCUGCUGUGGUGCCAGGUCCUGCUCCUCAUCAAUUACACCAACUAUACCUGGUGGGCAGAGGUGCAUCAUACACCCAGAAGACACAGCCUGUCCAGCACUAAGCUGCUCAGUCCACACGUAUCUGACGACAGUGAUGAGUCCAAACCAGAGUCCAAGCUGGCCAUGUGCAAUCGAGAGAUCGUCCGGAGGGGAGCGCUGAUACUUUUCUCUGAUUACGUGUGUCAGAACCUUCAUGAUUCCGAACACCUGGCAUGGCUGAUAGUGAACCAUGUGCGUGAUUUGAUUAAUCUCUCCCAUGAGCCUCCGGUGCAGGAUUUUAUCAGUGCCAUCCACAGGAACUCUGCUGCCAGCGGGCUUUUCAUCCAGGCUAUUCAGUCACGUUGUGAGAACCUCUCUACGCCGACUGUGCUGAAGAAGACCCUGCAGUGCUUGGAGGGGAUUCACCUCAGUCAGUCAGGCGCUGUGUUGAUGCUGUAUGUGGAUAAAUUCAUCAAUACCCCCUUCCGUGUGCUGGCUCGCAUGGUGGACACACUCGCUUGUCGAAGGAUAGAGAUGCUCCUGGCUGAGACUUUGCAGAACAGCAUUGCCCAGUUACCACUUGAGGAGUUGGACAGGAUUCAACAGCAUCUACAGAGCAGUGGCUUAGCUCAGAGGCAUCAGAGACUGUACUCCCUGCUGGAUAGGUUCCGGGCCACAGUUUUGGAGGACUCUGCGAGCCCUUCGCCACCAGUGACGUCACACCCCCUAGAUGGGGAGACGCCACCUCCCCCAGAAUCUGUCACCGCAGACAAGGAUUGGUACGUGAUGCUGGUGAGAUCGCAAUGCUGCACGCACACAGACACGGCUCUGCUGGAGUCGACAGAACUGCUAACCAAGCUACCCCAGGAAGACCUCUGCUCCAUCAUGGUAUCUAAGGAAUUCAAUUUGAACCUACUGGCCCCCUGUCUCAGUGUGGGUCUCAAGAGAGUCUCUGGAGAGCAGGGCAGUGCCCUCUUCGAAACCACACUCACGGUAACCCUGGAGCAGGUUUCCAGCUUCUCCCAGCUUUUACCCAGCAGCCACCAGGUGUUUCAGCCACUGUUGUCACCUGGAAAUACCACCUACUGGAACAAACUGAGCAACAUCUAUGGUGAAGUGGGCUUAUACCAGACUAUAGUUAGUCUCUGCAGAGCUUUGACCCAGUAUCUGCUGUCAAUCCCCAAGCUACCUGCAGCGCUUCACAUCCCCAGUGACAAGGAGGUGGAUGCCACCAAGUUUGUGAUAUUGGCACUUGAGACUCUGUCGUGGCGCUUGAUAAGUGGACAGGUUCCACUGAGCAUUGAUCUCCAAACUAUCCUGGAUUGCUGCUGUCUAGCCUUGCAGCACUCGGGGAUAUGGAGCUUGCUGGCUUCAGCUGCUUAUGUUACACAUGCCUGUUCAUUUGUAAACUGCAUCAAGUUUCUCAUCGAAGCAGUGGCAGUCGAGCCUGGGGAUCAGCUUCUGCGUCCGGAGAGGAAGAAGAUGAGCAGAGCUCAAGCAGCUCAGGAUGAGCUGGACGCUGCUUCCACAGAGAUUCCAAUACACAUCAAAAAAGCUUGUGAAACAAUGGCUGAACUGGUGGAAAGCCUGCAGACUGUCUUGGCUUUAGGACAUUCUAGAAAUGAAAUAAUCCCAGCGUUUCUGACUCCUACACUCCGCAACAUAACCUUAAGCCUGGCGCGACUGCCUCUUGUCAACAGCUACAUUAGAGUUCCUCCCCUAGUCUGGAAAUUAGGCUGGUCCCCAAAACCUGGUGGAGAGUUUGGCACAGCUUUUCCCGAGAUCCCAGUGGAGUUCCUGCAGGAGAAGGAUGUGUUCCGGGAGUUCCUGUAUCGCAUGAACACUCUGGGAUGGACAAAUCGCACUCAGUUUGAAGAGACCUGGGCGACCCUCCUUGGUGUGCUGGUGACUCAGCCCAUUGUUAUGGACCAUGAAGAGGAAAACCAACACGAGGAGGACCUGGAGAGGACCCAGAUCAAUGUCCUAGCUGUCCAAGCGAUCACAUCCUUGGUGCUGAGCGCCAUGACAAUCCCAGUGGCAGGAAACCCUGCCGUCAGCUGCCUGGAGCAGCAGCCGCGCAACAAGGCAUUAAAAGCUCUGGAUACCAGGUUUGGAAGAAAGCUGAGUGUGAUCCGAGGGAUUGUGGAGCAGGAGAUCCAGGCGAUGGUGUCAAAGAGAGACAACAUAGCCACUCAUUACCCAUAUCAGGCCUGGGACCCCGUUCCAUCCCUCUCUGCUGCAAAAACAGGUACUUUAAUCAGCCAUGAAAAACUGCUGCUGCAAAUCAACACUGAACGGGAGAUGGGGAACAUGGAUUAUAAAAUGGGACAGGUGUCCAUUCACUCAGUUUGGCUGGGAAACCGCAUCACACCCUUGAGGCAGGAGGAAUGGGAUGAAGAUGAGGAGGAAGAGAGUGACGUCCCCGCUCCAGUGUCGCCUCCCACCUCGCCCAUCAACUCCAGGAAACACCGUGCUGGUGUAGAUAUCCAUUCCUGCUCUCAGUUUCUCCUGGAGCUCUACAGCCAGUGGAUUCUGCCAAACAACCCAAACAACAAGAAGACCCCAGUCAUCCUGAUCAGCGAAGUGGUCCGCUCACUGCUGGCAGUAUCUGAUUUGUUCACCGAGAGGAACCAGUAUGAGAUGAUGUACAGCACGUUGACAGAGCUGCAGAAGGUACACCCCGCUGAGGAUGAGAUCCUGAAUCAGUACCUCAUACCUGCUAUUUGUAAGGCUGCAUCUGUCCUCGGCAUGGACAAGGCCAUAGCGGAGCCGGUCAGCCGCUUGCUGGAGACCACCUUGCGCAGCACCCACAUGCCGAGCCGCAUCGGAGCACUGCACGGCAUCCUCUACGUGCUGGAGUGUGACCUGCUGGAUGACACAGCCAAACAGCUCAUCCCCAUCAUCAGCGACUACCUGCUGUCCAAUCUGAAAGGAGUAGCACACUGUGUUAACCUCCAUAACCAGCAGCAUGUGUUGGUGAUGUGCGCUGCAGCUUUCUACAUGAUUGAGAACUACCCACUUGAUGUGGGGCCAGAAUUCACAGCAGGAAUUAUCCAGAUGUGUGGUGUGAUGGUGUCUGGCUGCGAGGACUCCACCCCCUCUGUGACCUAUCACUGCGUCCUGCGAGGGCUGGAGCGCCUCCUGCUGUCCGAGCAGCUGUCCCGCCUGGACGGGGAGGCGCUGGUCAAGCUCAGUGUGGACCGGGUCAACAUGCCCAGCCCACACCGGGCCAUGUCUGCACUGGGGCUCAUGCUCACAUGCAUGUACACAGGGAAGGAGAAAACUAGUCCCAGUCGAACAUCUGACCUUGAUACCACUGCUCCCGACAGCGAGUCUGUCAUUGUGGCCAUGGAGAGAGUAUCUGUUCUCUUUGAUAGAAUCCGGAAGGGAUUUCCCUGUGAGGCAAGGGUAGUGGCCCGUAUCCUCCCCCAGUUUCUCGAUGACUUCUUCCCACCGCAGGAUGUGAUGAACAAAGUCAUUGGCGAGUUUCUGUCCAAUCAGCAGCCUUAUCCUCAGUUCAUGGCAACUGUUGUUUACAAGGUAUUCCAGACCUUGCAUGCUACAGGACAAUCCUCCAUGGUCCGAGAUUGGGUCAUGCUUUCGCUCUCCAACUUCACUCAGAGGACACCCGUCUCCAUGGCGAUGUGGAGUCUUUCCUGUUUCUUUGUCAGCGCUUCAACAAGCCAGUGGAUUUCAGCCCUCCUUCCUCAUGUUAUCAGCAGAAUGGGGAAAUCCGAGCUUGUGGAUGUCAGCCUGUUCUGUCUGGUGGCCAUGGACUUCUACAAACACCAGAUUGAUGAAGAGCUGGAUCGCCGAGCCUUCCAGUCCGUGUUUGAGGUGGUAGCCUCCCCUGGCAGCCCCUACCACCGCCUGCUCACCUGCCUGAAGACCAUCCUCUGACUGCCUUCUGAACACUGCCACGUGACCGAGCAGAGUGAGGAGAGGAAUCUGAAAGACUGCUCAUGUGAGAUAGACUUUAGAAGUACUUUGCAGCAAGACUCCGCUCCACCCCCACCCCCCAAAAGGAUCGCCUUUAGUACCAUGAAAAUAUCAGUCUUGGAAUGUAACAUUGUGCUUGUACUUCUCUCACUUCUCUUCCCCCCACCCCCCCCAAAGCCAUAACCUACAUGGCAAAACAAAAACAAAAAAUCUGCACUAUAUUGUAAUCUUCUGGCACUUGGAAUGAAAAUACCUAGAAGGUAUUUUAGAGCAGAAAUAGGACUGGUGAGCUAUGAAUUAAAAAAAAAUAAUAAAAAAAGACUUGGUAUACUACAGUACUUCUAUUUUUAGGCAGCUUUUUGUUACAGAGGAUGGAACUGAUCAUAAGUUGUUUAAAGACAAGGGCUGUACUGCGUAAUAUUGUUAAAUGAUGGAUUUGUAGUUUUUAAUAUAUCUCGCCUCAACAGUGAAUAAGGUACAGCAGGGAGUUUGAUUUAACAUUAUUUUCAAAGUAAAAAGUUAUACAUAGCCAUA